AUGAUUCGUCUGUUGUUUCUCAUCUGGGUGUUCUUUGUCUCAAGCCAGGGCCAGCAAUACUACGACUCCUCAACCUGUUCUUCAGCAACUCAUCCUGGUUCAAGAUACAGCUGUGAUUAUCCCCAAGAGUAUUGUUGGGCGUUCUUGCUGUACCGGGCGAACCGGGACUACCCGACGAUCUCGAACAUUACCAAGCUGUUCGGUGCUGAUCUCUACGCGGUACUUACUUUGAACAAGAUUGUAUCCCCCACUGAGAAUCUCCAACCGGGUAGAGAAAUUCUCGUUCAGAUCCAAUGCUCUUGUGCCGGCCAAUUUUUACAGAAAAACGUGACUUAUCCUGUCAGUGGAAGCACAGAGUUCUCUGAGAUUGCCUGCGGAGUCUUUGAAGGUCUAGUGAAAUCGGUCACGCUGGUCGACGAUAACUAUCCCUUUCAUGGGAAAUUCGCGAAAGCCGGGUCCGAGCUUGUCGUGCCCCUGACAUGCGCUUGUCCUGGUAAUUUUUCCCUAAGCAAUGGGAAAGUACUAUCCCUCGUGACAUACCCCAUUAUGGAAGGAGACAGCAUGAAUAAAGUUGCGCAGAAAUUCGGCAUUCCCGUUAGUGACAUUUGGGCAGCGAACCAUCUAGACUACAGGUCAACAGUUUAUACCAACUCUACGAUUCUUGUCCCUUUAACAAAAGAACCGUCUCUCACUUUCACCUUACCAAAUUCGCCGCCUCCCUCUCCAGGUUUUCUUCCUACAGUUCCCGUGGAGACGGCGACAGAUAGUGAGAAACUUAAGAACUUGUAUAUUGCAGGAUCCGUGGUUGGGCUGUCAUUAGUACUUGUAGCGUUGAUCGCUUGUGGUCUGUACUUGAAGGCCUUGAAGAGAUGGAAAGGCCGGAAAUUGCAGUCUUUCAAUACAAGAAGCUCGCGGUUCUCAUAUUUGUCCACGCUAAGCUCUCCGAGGUCGGGCCAUACGGGUAGAAGCUCCAGGACGUCCUGUUUGUCGCCAGAUCUUCUAGUUGGGAUCAAAUACUCAUUGAACCAAUACGGCAUCGAGGAGCUCAGGAAGGCGACCAAGAAUUUUAGUGAAGACACCAGGAUAGAUAGAUCAGUCUACAAGGCGUUGAUUAAUACUGUCGAAGUGAUGAUCAAAGGAAGCAACGUCAAAGAGACCCAUCGGGUCAUUGACGUGCACUCAAAGAUCAAUCACAUCAAUGUCUUGACUUUGCUCGGCGUUUGUUAUGACGAAACAAGUGACGACUCUCGGUCAUAUCUCAUCUUUGAGUACUUGAGCAAUGGAAGCUUAAGGGACUGCUUGUCUCGGCUGGGAAAUCCUCUCCAUUGGCACCGCCGGACCCAAAUCGCUUUUGACGUCGCAACUGGGCUUCAUUAUCUACAUCACUGCAUAUUUCCUUCUUAUGUUCACAUGAAUGUGAACAGUAGGAGCAUUUUCAUCACGUCCAACUGGAGAGCGAAGCUAGGAAAUAUCGGCCCAACGACUGCUAUUGGUUCCUCAAAAGGAAACGACCAUGACACCUCGAUCAGUUUCAAUGGAUGGAUCGCGCCGGAGCACAUGCUAAACGGAUUGGUCUCUGAGAAAGUGGACGUUUUCGCUUUCGGAGUGGUCUUGCUAGAGCUGAUUUCGGGUCGAGAGGACAUCGAUGGUAAACAGUUCAAAGACUCCAUCCAGUUUUUGGCAGGGGGAGGAAACGAAGGCGGGUGUUUUGAGCAACUGAGGGGCUUCAUGGAUCCGUGUUUGAAGGAGGAUUAUUCGCUCGCUGAGGCCUUGUGCUUAGCAGUUUUGGCCAAGGCUUGUGUCGAAGAUGACCCCCUGCAUCGGCCAUCUAUGGACGAUGUGAUGAAAGUGCUUGCGAGGAUGGUCUGA